AUGCAGAUCGCCCACACCAUCACAUAUCUACAGAGCUCUAGAACAAAGAGCGACACUUCAGACGGCAAACACAUCAAUGGUGGAGACUCCCCUCCCCUCAAGAAGCGCCUCUCCUCCCGCCACCCGCCGCACGCCCACCUCCCCUCUUCCAGCUCUGACGCGGACAGCGACAGCGGAUGUUCCAGCCAGAACGAGGCCCGGCACGAGCUUCCGCCGGAAGUGGAGUACAGCUGGGAGUGCCCGGCCGACUUCUCGCUCCUUUUUGACCUCAUGACCCAGAGCCCACACCGCUACACGUCCCGUGACUCGCUACAUGUGACCUCUGACCUCAAGACCUCCGGCCGACGUCACAGCGGGGAGUUAGGGGAGUUGGCGAUGAGGCCAGAAGUGGCAGAGAUGGCCAGGUACGACAAGCGACACGCCUAUCAACACGUGAGCCAAUCCGGCAACAUGGACGCCGACGCGACGUCAGCGUACAGGUACAUGUCACGUGGCCAUGACGUCAGAGAGAGCUACCCUGGCGACAGGUCGGGUGUGACGACGGGACAGGUUCAGAGCCUGGACCUCAGUCUUUCCUCGAGUGAGGGCCACCGCUACACCAGGCCCUCACCCCACCAUGACCUCUUGAUGGACAAUGUAGGAGGAGGGCUGCUUCAGGCGCAGAGAAGGAUUUCUUUCGAGCUCCCUCACGAUCACGUGACUGGACUGACCAGCGGUCACCGUCCACCCUCACCGGACGAGCAGCCGAUCGACUACUCCCAGCUAUCCACGCGACGGAACGAGGUCAACCACGUGCACAGAGGUCAGUAUGACGUCACAGACACGCCCACUACACCCACCACGCCCACACACCACCUACCAGCCGCGCGCACCACGAAAAGUGGUUCAGAGGGUAGCGCCGGGUUCACCGCUCGUGCAAAGUUUGAGUUCAUCCUGUCGCCGGCGAUGGACGGAGAAGGGAAAAUGGUGGUGAGCAACAACCUCUACUCUCUCCCUUCUCCCACCUACCCCACGCCCCCGGCUGGCCAGAGCGCCUCCACCCCCACCUACAGGCACAACUCGCCCCCAGGCGCCACCGAGCAGUCGUCCCCCCUGUCUGCCUCCCCAGCGUCCCCCGUCCAUCACUCACAUCAGUCCAAGCUGAGCCCACAUGACAUCGUGACCCCAACCAGUAGCUCCACCACCACCGCCCAGCUGGAAAGGAGAAUCGCCUACCACCCCAAGCUCAAGUACCUGCUAGCUUCUCCGCAGUACGGGGCCAAGAUGUCCGGCUCACGAGAUGACCCCCACGUGACCCACAGCAUGACCGUGACCCCCUCUACCACCUCCGCCUCUCAGAGCAGCCACCACCACCACCAUCACCACCACCACCCCCAUCCUCAUCCCUUCUCUCCCAAACAAGAGCUGGUCAAUCUAGACACACAUCCGGGACCAGAUGACCCUACUGACCACCAGGCCUCUCACACCACUGACCACACUGACCACACAGAUCUCACGGCCAGCAACCCUCCCGCACUGCCCCCAUCUCCCCCACACACCCAACAUUUCCCCACUAAGUUCACCCACCUAAGCCCCGCCCCUACCCUCGCAAACUCCGCCCCCAUCCACCCAAGCUCCGCCCCCACUCAUCCAAGCCCCGCCCCUGCCACCCUGGUGUUCGACCCACCUUACCUUCUGGAGUUAACCCUUGACCCUCACAGAAAAGUCUCCCCGCUCCAGACACUGACAGACCAGCUUCAGCAGACGUCCAGGUCAGCAGAGCCGGACGACCUCUCCCACCCCGAAGAUGACCAGCUGACCACUGUGUCUUCACAGAACCCCCUGACCGCCCCAGCCUCCACCCCCACCACCUCUCUGACUGUCGGACAAGACCGAAAGUCCGCGCUCAGCCAGCUUCUCUUCUCCUCAUCCCGGAAACCAGGCGUGGACCCGUACGCAUGCGCAGAGUGUGGCAAGCGGUACAGCACUUCCAGCAACCUGGCGCGUCAUCGGCAGACACACCGCAGCGUGUGUGACAAAAAGGCGAGAAAAUGCCCGCACUGUGACAAAGUCUACGUGAGCAUGCCGGCCUACAGCAUGCACGUACGCACGCACAACCAGGGCUGCGAGUGCCCGCACUGCGGGAAGAAGUUCAGCCGACCUUGGCUCCUUCAAGGUCACAUCCGCACUCACACGGGCGAGAAACCGUUCGGCUGUCCGCAGUGUGGCAAGUCGUUUGCUGACAAGUCCAACCUGCGCGCGCACAUCCAGACACACUCCACGGACAAACCGUAUGUCUGUGGCCGAUGUGGGAAGGCUUUCGCUCUCAAGAGUUAUCUCUACAAGCACGAGGAGAGCUCUUGUAUGAGGGGACAGAGGUUUAGGACAUAG